GUCGGGACCCGGGGGAGGCUGGAGGUGCGGGCCGCGGCGGCGUGGCGCGGGCGCCGAGGAGGAGCGACGGGCCGCGGCCUCUGCCUUUGCGGUCCGGGUCUCACUCGACGUUUCCGGGUCUCGUCAGAUGUGAGUCCGAUGGAGCGGCCGGGGGAAGGCGAGCAGCAGCCGUGGGGGAGGCUCCUCCGUCUGGGCGCCGAGGAGGGCGAGCCGCACGUUCUCCUGAGGAAACGGGAGUGGACCAUCGGGCGGAGAAGAGGUUGUGACCUUUCAUUCCCCGGCAAUAAACUGGUCUCUGGAGAUCACUGUAAAAUUAUAGUGGAUGAAAAAUCUGGUCAGGUGUCGCUGGAAGAUACCAGCACCAAUGGAACAGUAAUUAACAAGUUGAAGGUUGUUAAGAAGCAGACUUGCCCUUUACAAACUGGGGACGUCAUCUACUUGGUGUACAGGAAGAAUGAGCCAGAACACAAUGUGGCAUACCUCUACGAAUCUUUAAACGAAAAGCAAGGCGCGACACAAGACUCCUUUGAAGCUAAUAAAGAAAAUGUGUUCCACGUGACCAAAGAUACCUCAGGUGCAGGGCGAGGGGAUGACCCCCAGGACCCCCAGGUCCUGCUGCCGCCGCCUGCCACUCAGGUGUGCUUUGAGGAACCACAGCCAUCGACAUCCAUGUCGGACCUCUUCCCCACGGCCUCUACCUCUUCCAUGGAGCCCACCUCUGCAGGGCGAGGGCUUCCCUCCAGCUUCGGCUCCAGAGGUGCAGACGUCUCCCCAAAAGGGUGUGGUCCAUCGGUGGCAAGUGAUGACAUCUCCAGCUUCCCUUCAGCUCUCCCAGACAGAGAGGGGGCAUCCUUUUCUCUGUCAGAACCCCAGGAUCCAGAGGAUUUGGAGCCCAUUAAGAAGAGAGCAAAAGCAGAUGGGGAGCCUGACCUGAGUCUGCCCGUGCUGGUCGCAGACCCGAGCAGAGACCCCCACGCCGCCCUUGACAUCAGAGCUGCAGCCGUGAAGCCAGACAAGAUGGAGGAGACACUCACAUGCAUCAUCUGCCAGGAUCUGCUGCACGACUGUGUGAGCCUGCAGCCCUGUAUGCACACCUUCUGCGCCGCCUGCUACUCAGGCUGGAUGGAGCGCUCCUCCCUGUGCCCCACCUGUCGCUGUCCCGUGGAGCGGAUCUGUAAAAACCACAUCCUCAACAACCUGGUGGAGGCGUACCUGCUGCAGCACCCGGCCAAGAGGCGCAGCGAGGAGGACGUGCGCAGCAUGGCUGCCAGGAACAGGAUCACGCAGGACAUGCUGCAGCCCAAGGUCAGGAGGGCCUUCUCCGACGAGGAGGGGAGCUCCGAGGACCUGCUGGAGCUGUCGGACGUGGACAGCGAGUCCUCGGACAUUAGCCAGCCAUACAUCGUGUGCAGACAGUGCCCUGAGUACCGCAGACAGGCGGGGCAGCCCCUUCCCUGCCCAGGGCCCGGCAAUGAGCCGGGGGAACCACAGGCCCCUGGGGAUGCACCAUCGACAUCCGCCAGUGUCACGACAGCCCAGGACUACGUGUGCGCCCUGCAGGGAAGCCACGCCAUAUGCACCUGCUGCUUCCAGCCCAUGCCCGACCGGAGGGCGGAGCGCGAGCGGGACCCCCGCAUCGCCCCCCAGCAGUGUGCCAUCUGCCUGCAGCCCUUCUGCCACCUGUACUGGGGCUGCGCCCGCACCGGCUGCCUCGGCUGCCUGGCCCCGUUCUGUGAACUCAACCUGGGUGACCGGUGUCUGGAUGGAGUGCUGAGCAACAACAACUACGAGUCGGACGUCCUGAAGAACUACCUGACCACCAGGGGUUUGACGUGGAAAAACAUGUUGACCGAGAGCCUCGGGGCUCUGCAAAGGGGAGCGUUCCUGCUGUCUGAUUACAGGAUCACCGGAAACACCGUGCUGUGCUACUGCUGCGGCCUGCGGAGCUUCCGCGAGCUGACCUACCAGUAUCGGCAGAACAUUCCUGCUUCCGAGCUGCCAGUGGCCGUAACAUCCCGUCCUGAUUGCUAUUGGGGCCGCAACUGCCGCACUCAGGUGAAGGCCCACCACGCAAUGAAAUUCAAUCACAUCUGUGAACAGACGAGGUUCAAGAACUAAGCAUCCAGGGAGGCACCAUGAUGGCUUGGGAGUGUUGGCGGUCAAUGACACGUGUUUCAGAAAACACUGAGUACAAACAUUCUAAGGGCAUUUCACAGCCCCCUUCAGAGGGUGCUGGGGUCUCUGCGUUGGCCACUCUGAUGUGAUCUGUCUUUUGUGGAGCGAGACCCUCUUGGCGAGAACCCCCACUAGUGGCGCCCAGAGCUCUGGGGCCGGAACAAGAGCUGUCAGCCGUCCCCUCCUGUUGAACAUGACCAUGAGGUUUGCUCUCUGUCCCUUUCCCACAGCCAUGGUCAGAGCAGAUGUCUCUCUUCACGAAAAGUGUCCUGGGAGAAGAAGGGGAAUUUGUCAGAAACGCUGUGCUGUGUGAGGACAGGGAGCAAAAUUCCAGCCAGGGACGCACAGCGGCUGACAUGUAUUUUCAUAGGUUUGGUGCUCAUCUCCUAAUAAGACUUAAAUAUCACAAACUGUAGCACAAACAAUAUAAUUUAUAAUUUAAAAAUUGACUAAAAUUGGAGAUAGUAUGGUAUUUGAAAGAAUAAGCAUAUGUUUCUGUGUGUGAAAAAAGAGUCAUCAGACGUUCAGGACCUCCUGGUGCCGAGGGUGUGGUUGGUCUCUGCCACACUGGGCUCCUCCUCGGCACACCUGCAGCCCCGCCAAGCUGUCCCGCCUGCUUCACUCCUCUGCCACUGAGGCCAGAGUGGCCCAGGGACCUGGAGUGCAGGUUCGUCCCUGUGGCGCCCUGGCCACUUGGUGCAGCCUCUUCCCACCUAGAGCUUCCACAAGUCCUACCCUUCCCUCCUGCGAUGGGUUUGCCGUGUCAUCUGGAAUAAUACUUGAAAUUUUGUUGUUUAAAAAAAAAAAAAGUUUUUUAUCAUUUGUUGAAAUCACCUGUUACGUUUGUUUGCAAAAUUGUACCUUUUUGCUUCUUCUCAGGAAUACAGUUUUCAACUUUGUCUUGCUCUUGAUACAGACUCUGAGAAGCAGCACUCCAUGGAAGAGGCCUCCUUCCUGUGUUCUAAUAAACAUGCCGUGUCUGUUUCUC